AUGAACGCCAUCAUCAACACCGGUGUCCUCAUCGGGACAUUCUGGCAGCUCGGCGAGAUGCUCAAGGGCCAUGCUGAUCCCGACAAGCAAAUCACCGUCUCCCUGGUCACCGGAAUGACACCGAACGCUGGGGGAAGCGUCCCUCAUGUUGCUGUCUGGGACCGAGAGGGUAACCGCGUGGGACAGUACAAGGGUGACGCCAACGGACACAUCGAUGAUGCCGCGACCAAGACCAUCACCAUCUCCCCAAACCAGAAUGGCGGCCACAUGGCACGCCCCGAGUACCUCCUCAUCGUCAUGCAGGAGACCGAUGCAAUUUGCCUGUCCGGGGUCAUCGCCAUGGGCAAUUCCGCCCAGUGGACCUGGACCGGGGAUUUGGGAUACACCUGCGGCGCGCAGUGGUACCCCAGCAAGGAAUCCCUGGGCACAUCCAACAUCCCCGUCAAGUGCGUCUGGAUGGAUAAAGAUCAUACAAAUGGCAUCAUUGCCAAGGGACUGAGUCUGCACAUGCCCGACUUCUCCGGCGACGAGGGACUCGUCAAUCGGUACAAGGAGGACCAGCGCCGGCUGUGCCAGAACACCGCGCGGAUGACCUUCCAGCCUGAACCAGUCCUCCCUGACUCGCUCGUUAAAUUCUUCAGGCCCCCACUCGAGUACAAUGCCCAGGGGGGUCCCGAGAGACCCAACCAGGGUAUCGACCGCAAAACACGGGCGUAUCCCGACGGAACCAACAUGCACAUUCACCAUACCCGGCGGAGCGUCCGGCUGCACCCCAGAGAUAUGCUCAGCAGCAAUAGUACGGCUGUCAAUGUCCAGGGAGUGAAGAACAACAUGCCGAAUCUGCUAAUUGUAAGCAGUAUCGACGGACACAGCGCCAAGGAGGUCUGCCAGGACCCAAACUCGCUGGGCCCAGACUUUGUGCAUACUGGGGAGAAGGUGUUUUGCGACAUGGACACGGCGCGGACGUGGCCUGUGUGUGAUGGCAGCAUUACCGAAGGUUGUUUCGACUUGGAAACGAAGUCUAUGAAGAAUUUUGCGCCAGGGAGCCCUGCUGCGCGUAGUGUGGGUGGGCGCCAUAAUGUUCCAGCGAAGAGCUACCAGAACUUCGAGGAGUGGAAGUGA